UUCACAUUGAUAACAAGUUGAAAGAUACUUCAGAGAAGUACGUAAAUCAUUUGUCAGCGACUCAAAGUGGAUUUUAGGGUGUUGGACAUUUGUUCUCGGGCGGAAAGUCAAUUGGUUUCAUUGACAUAAUGAAGAAGAAGGUACUGUUGAUGGGCAAAAGUGGCUCCGGGAAGACGAGUAUGCGAUCCAUUAUCUUCGCCAAUUACAUCGCCCGGGACACAACUAGACUAGGAGCAACAAUCGAUGUCGAGCAUUCGCACGUUCGCUUCUUAGGCAAUCUCGUCCUAAACUUAUGGGACUGCGGUGGACAGGAAUCCUUCAUGGAGCAAUAUUUCGCUUCACAGAAGGAAAAUAUAUUCCGGAAUGUCGAGGUUCUGAUCUACGUUUUCGAUGUCGAGAGCAGGGAAUUAGAUAAAGACGCACAUUAUUACCAGUCAUGCUUGGAAGCGUUGCUGUCGAACUCAAGCCAGGCUAAAAUAUUCUGCCUCAUCCACAAAAUGGACCUGGUGGCGGAGGAACAACGCGACAUCAUCUUCAAGGAGCGCGAAGAUGACCUGAUUCGCUUGUCAAAGCCUUUGAAAUGUACCUGCUUCAGGACGAGCAUAUGGGAUGAGACUUUGUACAGAGCCUGGUCGAGUAUCGUGACAAUGCUCAUCCCCAAUGUGGCGGCCCUCGAGAACUCGCUCAACUACUUCUCCAACAUCAUCGACGCAGACGAAGUGCUCCUGUUCGAGCGCGCGACAUUCCUAGUCAUUUCACAUUGCCAACGCAAGCAGUACCGCGACUCGCAUCGCUUCGAGAAAGUCUCGAACAUAAUCAAGCAGUUCAAGCUGUCCUGCUCGAAACUAGGCGCCAAGUUCCAAUCGAUGGAGGUGCGGAACAGCGCGUUCGCCGCCUUCCUCGACACCUUCACGAGCAACACAUACGUAAUGGUGGUGAUGUCAGACUCUAGCAUGCCGUCGGAGGCGACGCUGGUGAACAUUCGCAACGCCCGCAAGUACUUCGAGGAGUUGGAGAACCCAAAUAGCAACGCAGGAGCCAUCCACUAUCACUGAUAUCUAAGGAAGUCGCCAAGAGUGCGAUAGACUUUGUGAUUUUCUACCCUCGUGAGCUUAAAGCUGACGCAAUCCGGUCCACCCACUGCUCCCAGAUCACAUUACUCCCGUUAUCAGUAAUUAAGGAAAAAGAUUUAAGUUUAUUCGUUCGAAUUUCGUCAUUGCCAAAUCAGAUUGAUUUUCACCCAAUCAGGGGCGGCCGAGACGUCGAGGGCUAGGCAUAGAUAAAUGAAUCGGAAAUGAACCCAAUUUUGUAACUACCUUUAAUCGAAAAAGAUGAAAAAUAAGAAAAAAGCGCUGAACUUGAUGUGUAAGGAAAUAACAUUUAAUCUGUAGCUAUAAAAGUGAAACGCGAAUUCACCCUAUUCAAUACAAAGCAGUGCUUGUGGUUUAAUAAAGUUUAAUGUAUUUUUUAAUA